UCCCGUCCCGAUCCCUCUCGCCGCCGCGGACAUUCCCGCCGCCGCCUCCGUACUGGGCUGGGUCUGCGUCUCCGAACCGACUUCGUCCACAGCCUGGAAGCUCUCAAUAUGAACGGUGUCGUCUGCGCUGAAAGACACCAGAUUAUGAUGCAUGAUUAUCACAGAAGAAAUUCAUGUCUAUAGCUCUUAAGGACUUGAUUACAUCAUUUGCAAGCCUGCUAGUUUUGGAAUAGUCAUUGCAGCUCACAGGACACAACCCGUCUGCCUGCACUUCAGCAAAUUGUCUUCAUAUAAGAAGAUAUUAAAGUGACGUGCUCUGAUUUAACACGCCAUUACUAUUGGAUUAUUUAAGGUUUCCCAGUUAUAAAUUUACAGCAUUAUAUUUAGCAGCCAAAUCAACAGCAAAAUGAUUCCUAAUGGGUAUUUGAUGUUUGAAGAUGAAAACUUCAUAGAGUCAUCUGUUGCCAAAUUAAAUGCCUUGCGUAAAAGUGGUCAGUUCUGUGAUGUUCGGCUUCAGGUAUGUGGACAUGAGAUGUUGGCACAUAGAGCAGUCCUAGCUUGCUGCAGUCCCUACCUGUUUGAAAUCUUCAACAGUGAUAGUGAUUCUCAUGGAGUUUCUCAUGUUAAAUUUGAUGAUCUCAAUCCACAAGCCGUUGAAGUCUUAUUAAAUUAUGCCUACACCGCUCAGUUGAAAGCUGAUAAAGAGCUAGUAAAAGAUGUAUACUCUGCAGCAAAGAAGCUGAAGAUGGAGAGAGUCAAGCAGGUUUGUGGUGAUUACUUGCUCUCUAAGAUGGACGUUCAGAGCUGCAUCUCUUACCGGAACUUUGCAAGUUGUAUGGGAGACUCACGUUUGUUGAACAAGAUUGAUGGUUACAUUCAGGAACAUUUGUUGCAGAUUUCAGAACAGGAGGAAUUUCUCAAGCUUCCACGGUUAAAGCUUGAAGUAAUGCUUGAAGACAAUGUUGGCUUGCCUAGCAAUGGCAAAUUAUACACAAAGGUAAUCAACUGGGUGCAGCGCAGCAUCUGGGAAAAUGGAGACAGUCUGGAAGAUCUAAUGGAAGAGGUUCAAACGUUGUACUACUCAGCUGAUCACAAGCUGCUUGAUGGAAAUCUACUAGAUGGACAGGCUGAGGUGUAUGGCAGUGAUGAUGACCACAUUCAGUUUGUGCAGAAAAAGCAACCACGUGAGAACGAUCACAAGCAGAUAAGUAGCAGUUCCUCUGGAAGCUUUUCUUCUCCAAAUGCUACUGUACAGAGUCCUAAACAUGAAUGGAAAAUUGUUGCCUCCGAAAAGACUUCAAGUAAUACCUACCUGUGUCUUGCUGUUUUGGAUGGUGUGUUCUGUGUGAUUUUUCUUCAUGGGCGUAACAGCCCUCAGAGCUCUCCAACUAGUACUCCACGACUGCUGAAGAGCAUGAGUUUUGAGAUUCAACCAGAUGACCUUAUAGAAAAGCCCCUGUCUCCAAUGCAGUAUGCUCGAUCUGGGUUGGGAACAGCGGAACUUAAUGGCAAGCUAAUAGCUGCAGGUGGUUAUAACAGAGAGGAAUGUCUGCGCACGGUAGAGUGCUAUGAUCCACGAAAGGACCGUUGGACUUUUAUCGCACCUAUGAGAACACCAAGAGCCCGAUUCCAGAUGGCAGUUCUAAUGGGACAGCUGUAUGUUGUAGGGGGAUCAAAUGGCCACUCUGAUGACUUGAGUUGUGGGGAAAUGUAUGAUCCAGAAAUAGAUGACUGGACUCCUGUUCCAGAACUGAGAACCAGUCGUUGCAAUGCAGGAGUAUGUGCUUUGAAUGGUAAGCUGUACGUUGUUGGUGGCUCAGAUCCUUAUGGGCGGAAGGGACUGAAAAAUUGUGAUGUGUUUGAUCCUAUAACAAAAUCUUGGACAAGCUGUGCUCCACUUAACAUUCGUAGACAUCAAUCUGCAGUAUGUGAGCUAAAUGGAUAUUUAUAUAUAAUUGGAGGAGCAGAGUCCUGGAAUUGUCUGAACAGUGUAGAGCGUUACAAUUCAGAGAAUGACACCUGGACUCUGAUUGCACCUAUGAAUGUGGCUAGGCGUGGAGCUGGAGUGGCUGUUCAUGAUGGAAAACUCUUUGUUGGUGGAGGCUUUGAUGGUUCUCGUGCUGUCAGUUGUGUGGAGAUGUAUGACCCUGCUAAAAAUGAAUGGAAGAUGAUGGGAAACAUGACUACUCCAAGAAGCAAUGCUGGUAUUGCAGCUGUGGCAAACACCAUUUAUGCAGUUGGAGGAUUUGAUGGCAAUGAAUUCCUGAAUACAGUUGAAAUCUACAACCCAGAGUCAAAUGAAUGGAGCCCAUAUACAAAAACUUACAAAUUUUAACCACUUUAAGUGCCCCUGGCAAACUAACAGGCUUAGUGAUGUAAUUGUGUUUUAGUAGAGGUACAUGUCAGUAGGGUAGGGGAGGGUAUAGAAGUUGCCAACAGCAACACAAAGCUUUUGCAUAUUGCAUACUAUUAAUGUGCUGUAUAUACUUUUUUUGGAAAGAUGAAGGGUGUUGUGUAUUUUUGGAUUUUGUUACUUAAAUUUUGGAAACUGAUAAUAUUGCAAGAGAAACUAAGAACUGAUUGGGCAUAUCAUUUCAAGAGCUUCCCCCCCCCCAGUGUUUGUUUUGCCAAUUUGCACAUUUUUUCCCUUAGAAUGUGUGUUUGGGGCAGGAAGAAUAGGGUUUUUGGUUAUAGACAGUUGGUUUUUCAGGCUCCCCCACACCCCAGUAACUGGAACAGUCUGUAACAAGAAGCCUUAUUUAACAUAUACAAUGCUUUUUUUAUUAAAGUUGACAUGCCUGCCACUACUUAACCUUUUAUGAUUGUCUUUUUAUAACUUUUUAUAUACUCAGCAGAAUAUUACCUGUUGAAGUGAAAGUGGCAGAUAGUUAUUGAGGCAGAGAGACAAUCUUGGCGUUCAUAGAGAUGGAGUGGGAUAUUUAAUUUACCACUGUACAUGAGCAUCUAAGCUUUUGCCUCUGCAACAGUAUUGUACUUUAGUAUGCAACACUGAUCAUUAAAUUUGAAUGGUGUUUCUGAACAUAACUGAAUUUUUAUUUAAAAAUCAUUUUAGCUCCCAGUAUUUUGACACCUGUUGAAGGUGCUUUCUGUACAGCAGUUUUAUUACAAGGGUUGAGCUAAUAUUUGUAAAGCCUGAAGUGUUCAUGGUUUUAGAAUAUUACUAGUGGGUGAUAAACACUUCUUAAAAUGGUAUUUAUUUUUCUAGUAGUGCAAGCUGACAAAUGUGCUAUAAUAUGAAUAGUACUUAAUUUGUUUCAUAAGCACUCGGUAUUAUGGUUUGAUUCAUUUUCUCUAUUCAUAUGUAAAAGUGUUGGUUGGGAUGACUUGGUGUCUGUCUAAUGUGUAGUGCUGCACAUCCAACUUUCUUGGUGCCAAACUUAGCACUUAAUGCUUGCUGCUGAUGGAAACACAUUAAAAGGUACCUUUCAGGAAAUCCUUGCACCACAGAAUUACUAUCAAUGUUGUAGUUGUGGCUUUGUUCACAGGUCACUAACAAGCUCUUUAUUUAAAAGAUAAAUCAUCAUGCAACACAAAUGGAAGUGAACCUACCCACUAAAAGCAAAAGUUUAGGAUUUGCUAGAGCAGUGAUAUUCAGGCCUCAGCAGCCAAAUUAGCCAUCAGCAGUACCCAGAAGUGCCACAGUAGUGAGUUCAUUGUUUCAUUUACUAUUUUUAUUUAUAUAUUUUUCUCACAGCAAAAUGACUGACCAGGUUUUCUACAAUUGGUUAAUACUGAACUUAAUGUGGCUCAUUCAGCAUUAUUCUAAAGCAUAGCACUUCCAAAUCUAAGUAAAAUGUAGUCAGAAAAACUUAAGUUAAAGUUCUGAUCCAUACAACUAAAUUAGCCUAGGCUUAGGUCUAAUGUUCCACAGUGAGCACCCCCCAGCUUUUGUCAAUCUUACUCCUUUCCAAGUCUGUACAGCAAUGAUACUCCACACACUAGAACUAACUAUGGUGGGAUAUUUGAGAGGUGGACCCAAAUGUCAUAAUGCCCAUGAACUGAACAUUGCUUAGGUAUUGUUGGCUAAUGACAGACCUUCAUCCAUAUUAAAUCAGUUUUAGUAACUGGUCAGAAAAUUACUGAGAGCUCUUUAACUUUUAGCAGGCCUGGGGAAAAAAAGUAUGUAUAUGUAAAAUACAUGCUGUGAUGCAUUCCUGACCCACUACUGCUGCUUUGAAGAAUGAAAUUGUCAGUGUUUGAGGACAACAUCAUUGACAGUAUGUCAUGAACAAUCCUGAAUUUUUUACCCCAAGCAUACUGGGUACACAUUAGAACAAUCAGAAUAGGGUAGCAAGGUAUUUUUAAAAACAAUUAUUUUUCUGCAACUCAGAGCCUGUACUGUAACAGCUUCUGAGACAUUUGUGAAUUCAGUACAUAGAAUAGUAUAUAAGAAUAUGAACAAAAGAAACCUUUCCCCCCUAAGGUGGUAGAAUUUGCUUGCCAGAUUUUAUCAAGACCCGAAUAAAAUCUCAUCCUGCUGUUUUCUAUAAGUGAUUGGACCCAUUUGCAUCUACAUAAAGUGAAGAUUGUGCUAUUUUGAACAGCCCUAUUUAUUAAGAAGUUAUACUUCCAAUAAAGCUGUUAAAAAAAUCAGUGAAACAGUUUUACAGGUAUCUCUGGUCUCUGUACAAGCAAAUAGGUAGUGUUAAAGGGUAGAAGUAUUGUAACUAGCUGUAGAGAAACUGAAUAGCUGUGAACUGUUUCAGGAAACAAUCUGGUUAUAAUUACAUUCCAACAGCAAUGUGUGCAACUUGAACAGCAGCAAGGGAAAUCAUUUGAAGGUGCCCAGCAGUAGAAAAGAAGUUCCCUUAUAGAUAAAGGUAGGUUGAAAAGGUGUGUGUGUGUGUAAGCAGUUUACUUGUUAGUACCUGUUUAACUCGUACACCUAAUAAGAAACACUAAGAUCUUACCUACAUCUUCUUUGCUUAAGGACAGGAAAUUCUCAGCCCUUUGCUGUAUGUACUGGUCUGAGUGUUACUAAGUUGAUCACUGAACUCUUUCUAAAUUGGUGAAAUCUAUUUUUUCCUCCAUUUUGCCUGUCAUGUUUUAGGCAGACCAAAAAAAUUUUUCCCUCAGGCUUGUACUUAAAGGUGUUUGAGCACAAUAGCUUUUGUAGAUUUGGUCUUGAACCUCUGUUUCGCACCACACCGUUUUCUUGCUUUGUUUGUGAUAGAAGGGAGGUGUUUAUAGGGCGGUCUUCUAUACUAUACAAAAACACGCUUUAUUUUUUGCACUUUUAAAUUAAAGUUGUCUAAAUAGUUGAUGUAUGUUAAGUGUUCGUCUCUGGAAGAUGAGAUUUAACAUGAAUGCCAACAAUUAAUGCUGCUGGUGGACUCCUGUUACUAGCUGAGUCGGGGGGGGGGG